AUGAUUGGUCCAUUUAUGAAAAUCAUGAUGAGAUUUUUCUUGAGGACAAGAGAAAAAAAAAUUUUAAAUAAUUAUAAUAAUAAUAAUAAUAAUAAUAAUAAGGAAGAAAAAGUAGAAAAAGAAGAAAAAAAAGAGGAGGAACAAGUAUGUGGUAAAGAAAAAGAAUCAAUUGAAGAAAUAUUAUUUUGGAAAGUUUAUAGAAAUAAAUACUUGAAUAGAAAGAUUUAUGGAAUUAUUAAAACUGAAAGUUAUUGUUUAUCAAAAAAUAUCUAUGAUAUUAGAACUAGUAAUAGUGUUGACAUUGAUUUAAUUGAAUCAGUUGAAUGGAUGGUUCAAAAUAAACAUUUUGGUUUAUUAAAAUAUAAACUUGAAAAUAAGAAAGGAGAAACAAAACAUAUUAAAAUCAUAAAAAAAACACCACAGGUUUUCUUUCAAUCAUUUAAUAAUGCCACUCCAAUAGAAAUUGAAACCUUAAAAGAAUGUUUGGAAAUUUUAAUGACAAAGUAUACAAUUGAAUUCCAAACCUGUGAUCUAAUUGAUGCAACUUCCAAAGCCAAUAGUGUAAUUCCCUUUAAGAUUUUAACAUCUUCUCCUUACAAUUUGCCAAUGUAUAACUACACAGUUGAAAAUGCCCUAACUAAUUGUGAUUUAAAAUAUUACAAAGAACUGAUCCAAGUUAUUGGUGAUGUUAGUGCCUGUAUCAAUGUCAGCGGCGGUGAAGAAGAAGUAGAUUUCAAAAAUAUUAAAUUACCAGAGAAUAUUAGAGUAAUUACAUUGGAAUUAAUUUUAAAAAAUAUUUCAUAUCAAAAUGAAUUAUUAAAAUUUAUUUUACAAUUUGCAAAUUUAUUUUCAAUAGAAUUAAUAUCAACCUUAGAACUCCCACAAAUGUUAGUAGGGAAUAUUGAAUUUGAAACAAAAGUGAAAAUGUUAGAUUAUGGUUUAUUCGAAAAAAAAAGUGUUAAAAAGAUUCAACCAGAAUUCAAACAAUCAUUUUAUCAAUUAUUAUUUUGUUUUAAAACUCAAUAUAGAGGUAAAGGUCCAUUUGAUUGUGGUAAAGUUUUUAUACCAGAUGAAAUAAAUGAAAAGAUAAAUGAAAUAAUUAAAGAUAAUAAAAAUUUAAAAGAACUUCAAAAAUUAGUAAUUAUUGAAACAAAAUCAAUUCAUUACUUUUACUCAAAUUAUAUGAUAGAAUAUGGUGAAACAAUUGAAGAGUAUCAUAUCAAACAUGAUGGUUGUAGUUGGACCAAUAAUUUAAAAUCAAAAAUUAAUGAUGAUAAAAUUCUAUUUUUUAUUAAUUAUUUAUCAUUAUUCAAUUGGUGUUGUGAAGAGGAAUUUGAAACAAUUGAUUUUAAUCAAGUUUCUUAUAAUUCUUUAUUAUCAUCAAUUAUGACUUUACAAUAUAAUGAAAAUUAUAUAUUAAUUGAUAGUUUUGAAACAAUUGAUUGGAUUUCAAAUGGUGCAAUUGGACCGUUUAGUUUAAGAUUUAUUUCAAAAUUUCAAGAUAGAUUCGUUUUUAGUUCAGCUGAAAUUGCGAAGAGCGUUAUUGAAAAAUGUUGUAAUGAAAAGUCAAUUCUAUCAAUUCUAUCAAUUAAAAAUAGAAUUUUUUAUUCUGCAAUUUUAAUUUGCAAUGAUGAUUUAUUUGAAUUGGCGAAUUCAUUAGAAUUAGGAAUAACUAAAUUGGGAAAUGAUUUUAAAUUACCAGAAAAUUAUUGUUUUACAAUUGAUCAAUUAGGAUCAUUAUCAAGAUUUAUUAAAGAAGGAAAAUAUGUUUGCCAUUUUAAUUUUUUAUUAAGUUUUAUUGAAUCAAUUUGGAGAUCAAAUGCAACUUCAAUUCAAGAAGUAAUAGAUAAAGUAGAUUUUAAAUUUCUUCCAAUUACUUUUAUAACAAAUAGUUUUUUUAAUUAUAAAAAUGAACAUAGAAAAGCAACUUUGUUUCUAAGAUUAAUUCAAAUCAUUGAUUUUGAAACCCCAUUCACUGAUGGAAACUUACGAUCAGAUAGAAUAAUUUAUCAAAAUAAUAUACCAUACCUAUUCAAUGUCCAUAGUCAAUUGAUUGAAAAUUAUAUUUCAAUAAUUACAGAAAUAGUUGAUAUUGUUAGUGGUUUAAAACAACUAAGAUCGAAACAAGGUGUUACUGAGUAUAAAUUAGCUAAUAUGACAACUAUUUUCAAAUCAAUUUUAGAAUACAUGUAUGAUUUAUUUUUAAGUAUUAGUAAUAUUGAAAUUAAACAACUUAAUUUUGUACACAAUUAUAUCGUUUCAAAUGGUAUACAUAUUGAAAAUACAUUAUAUCGGUGUUAUUUUUAUUUAUAUCAUAGAUCAACUAAAUUGACAAAGUAUGUUAUGUCUAGACCUGGAAUACUUGAAGUUAUUAAAUUAGUAAAUAAUAGAAACAGAGUUUAUGAUUGUAAUAUUAAUUAUGGGCCAAAUGGAGUUUACGAUAUUAAAAAUUGGUUAAAUACAAAAGUUUUCACAUUUAAAUAUUUAUUUAAACAAGAUAAUUCAUUAGAAAAGAUUUAUUUUGAUUUAAUUGAGCAUUUAUCACUUAAACAACAUCAAUCAGAACCAUUGAAAUUAUCUGAAAAUAUUUUCAAUGAUUUAAAUUUCUUUUUAGAAAUUAAUAGAGUUGAUCUUUUUUAUCAAUUUUAUAAUAAACUCUCAAAUGAUUCGAAAUAUGAUAAGAUUUGGUUUAACAUUGAACCAACACUUUUAAAUUCAAUUUGUUUAAAAUUGAAUUUACAAGAGUUUAUUCAAAUCGUUGAAUUCAUUUGUUCACCACUUGAAAAGAAUAAAAGAAUGAUUUUACUUCAAAGAUUAUUAAAUUGUUGUUUACUAUCACAUAGAUUUGAUUUUAUUGAUUAUUUAGUUGAACAAUUUUCAAUUCAAAUCACUGGUAUAAAUUUCUUUUUUAUAAAAAAAAGAACAAAACAACAAAAAGAAAACUAUGAUUUUUAUCGUGAAGCAAAAUAUAUGCUAGAAAAUCAUUUUGAUAAAAUUACUCAUCCAGAGAUACACAAAAUCCAAGAACAAAAUUUAAAAAUUAAAAUUAUUAAAGAAACAUUUUUAAUUCAAUUUUAUUGUUAUCUUAGAAAAGUACGUGAUAUUCAUUCUUUUUUAGAAGCUCCAACUGAAAAUAAAAUUCAAAUAAUAGGUUGUUACUUAAAGAAAGAUUAUAGAAUCAUGUUUCAAGAAAUACCAAUUAGUACUUAUAAUUAUCAAUAUGAAGCACUCUUUGUUGAUUUUAAAAAUUCUUUUAAUGGUCAAGAUAUAAUAGAAGAUUAUAUUAAUUCAAUUUUCAAUGAAUAUCAAAAAAUUGGAAUUAAAUCAUCUGAAACUUAUUACUUUCGUGUGGAUAAUAUUUUUAAUGAAGCAUUCAAAAGAGGCGAUAUUAAAUUAUGUAAUUUAAUAGCAAAAAGUUACCCAAAAAAAUUCAAAAUUUUAAAAAAGGCUUGUUCAGUUGCAAUUCAAAAAAAUCGUUUACACGUUAUUAAUUAUUUCUUAGAUCCAGACAAUUGUAAAGAUUUAAUAGCUAGUUUUGAAAAUGACAAUUAUUUAACAAAUCAUUUAAAUCUAGAAUUAAAAAAUUAUAAAAUUAUAAAUUUAAAUAAUAAAAUAAAAUCAAAUAAUUAA